AUGGCUUGUAGAGGUAAAUCGAAACAGGCUGGUUCGAGUCAGAGGUUGAAGAAAGACAGAAUAAGCGAGUUACCAGAUCCUUUGAUACGUCACACACUCUCUCAUCUCUCCACAAAGGAAGCUGUUAGCACAAGCCUUCUCUCAACCAGAUGGAGGACUCAAUGGCUUUGGGUUCCUAAUUUGGAACUGAGUUCCACUAACUUCCAAGAUUUAGAUGCCUUUGUGAAGUUUGGUGAGAGCUUCUUCGAUUCCAGUAGAUUGUCAUGCAUACAUAAGCUUAAGCUAGCUCUUGAUGGAAACUUCAAGGAAGACGAUGUUGCGUCUUACCUCACGUCUUGGAUUGAUGCUGCAACCAAACGCAAGCUCCAACAUCUUCAUGUUCAUUGCCCUGAGUUUCAUUAUAGCUCUACGAUGCCACUAAGCCUUUACACCUGUGAGACAUUGGUAACCCUAAAACUCUCCGAGGUGUCCUUGCAAGAUCCCGGUUCUGUUUCUGUUACCUUACCCUGUCUGAAGACUAUGCAUUUGAAGAAUCUUUGGUAUCCCGUAGAGACACGAAGCUUGUCUCUUCUUGUCCUGUCUUGGAAGAGUUGA